GUCGACUUGAUACAUCCGAUCGUGAAGCACAUAAAUUUUUAUCGGUGCAAUCAUUAAGGUGGAUAAACUUGAAGCUUCUUUUUAAAAUUCUUUUUCUUUUCGUUUAAAAAAAUAAAUAAGAAUGGAAAACAACAAUUCGGAUAAUCAAUCAAAUCGACAACAAAACAAUCCCAGUGUGUUGAUUUACAAUGCACUUGUCAUUGUACUUGAUCUUGCAUUUCUACUCGUCAAAUUUUGGUUCUACACAUUCCGAUCAUUUUACCGCGCAUUCAAAGGCGUUAAUGAGCGUGAUGUGUCAAAUGACGUUGUAUUGAUCACUGGAAGUGGUCAUGGAAUUGGAAAAGAGUUGGCGCUUCAAUACUCUGCUUUAGGUUCGACAGUCGUUUGUUGGGACAUCAACGAACAAAUGAAUCAGGAAACUGUGAAAACAAUCAAGUCAAGAGGUGGAAAGGCUCAUGGAUACACUGUCGAUGUUACUGACCGAGAGAGAGUUAUCGAAACUGGCAAUAAAGUUCUGACAGAGAUCGGCGAUGUGACGAUUCUAGUUAACAAUGCUGGCAUUAUGCCACAACAUGAAAUCUUCAAGCACAGUGAAGCUGAAAUUAGAAAAUUGUAUGAAAUCAAUACACUCGCACAUUAUUGGAUGUUCCAAGCCUUCCUUCCCAAAAUGAUUGAGAAAAAUCACGGACACAUUGUGUCGAUGUCAAGCAUUGCUGGAAUUGUUGGACUUCAGAAUUUAGUUCCUUAUUGUGGAUCAAAAUUUGCAGUUCGUGGUCAUGUAGAAGCGUUGAAGGAAGAAUUGAGAUUGCAAUCUAAUGGAAGCUCUAAGAUUAAAUUUACUUGCAUUUACCCUUACAUGGUGGACACUGGAUUGUGUAAGAAAGUAAAGAUUCGCUUUGAAAACUUUUUACGAUUAUUGAAGCCGUCAGUUGUUGCAUCAGCAAUAAUUUCAGCUCAAAGAAAAGGUCUUGGCGAGUUGACAGUUCCACGUUACAUGUUCUAUCUCAAUAAUUUCCUAAGACUGUUCCCAAGUGAAGCCAGCAAUCUCGUGAGAGAUUUUUUCAGCAGUGGAGUUGAGUCUGACAUUUCUGUAAAUAUCUGGGAGACGAUUUUCAACGUUUUCUACCUUGUUUUCGAAAUUAUUAUUCUCCAACUGAAAUUCUGGUAUAGAACAAUUGAAAGUGCGAUUAAUUUAUUCACUUCAGAGCCUCGUGAUGUAUCUGGCGAUAUUGUAUUGAUUACUGGAGCGGGUCAUGGCAUGGGAAAAGAACUCGCACUUCAAUAUUCCGAGCUUGGUGCCACCAUUGUCUGUUGGGAUAUUAACGAACAGUUGAACCUUGAAACCGUGAAAUUGAUCAAGUCGAAAGGUAGAAAGGCGCAUGGAUACACCGUUGAUGUAACAAACCGUGAAAAAGUGUUGGAAACUGGAAGCAAAGUUCAGAAAGAUGUGGGAACUGUGACAAUUCUCGUUAACAAUGCCGGUAUCAUGCCGUCUCAUGAUUUACUCAAACAUACCGAGAAUGAGAUAAGAAAGACCAUUGACAUUAACCUUGUAGCACACUUCUGGAUGUACGAAGCUUUCUUACCGAAAAUGAUUGAGAAUAACCACGGACACAUUGUUGCUUUAUCAUCGAUGGCUGGCGUCAUGGGAUUCCAAAAUUUAGUGCCUUAUUGUGGAACUAAAUUUGCUGUCAAAGGUGUUCAAGAAGCUUUAUCAGAAGAACUUCGUUGCAAGUCAAAUGGAACAUCAAAAAUAAAAUUCACGACAAUCUUCCCCUACAUGGUUGACACUGGAUUAUGCAAGAAAGUCAAAAUUCGCUUCCAAAGCUUAAUGCCAAUGAUUAAUCCAAAAGACGCUGCCGCAGAGAUUAUUUUUGCACAAAGAAAAGGCAUUGAAGAGAUGUCAUUACCACGACAUCUUUUGUACAUGAACGCUUACUUCAGAAACUUCCCAAAUAAAGCAAAUAUUUUGGUGAAAGAUUUCUUGCAAGCUUUCGUGGAAUCUGAUUUAUAAAUUCAAGUAUUUGACUUGUUCAGUUAAAUAUCUAAUAAUAAAAUGAAUGAUUUUGUUCAAGCACUUGUUGUUUAUCUUAUCUCAAGAUAAUC